UACCGAUUGUUAAAACAGCAAUUUGUGUUUUCGCUUCAAGCUAUUAUUGAAAGUUUAUUCGAUAUGACAUAUAAACCCCUUUUUAUGUUCGUUGUGUUUUAUGGGAAUACUUCUUCGACAUAACUCACCAAACAACAUAUAUAAAUGCUGUAUCGGUUUCCGUACUUAUUCCAGUCGAACUUGAUUAUCUCUCACGGGAGUGAUGGCUACGAUGAUUUACUUGUUUUCGCUUCUGAUGCUCGCCGUUGCCAUCAGUGGAAAUGGAAUGGAAUCGGAAAUAAUAAACAUCUGUGGCCCCCGAAUCAUUGGAGGUCACGAAAUAGACAUCUCUGACAUUCCAUUCCAGGUAUCAUUGCAUGCCGAAUACUAUGGUUUCUUCUGCUCAGGUGUUAUCAUCUCAAGUAACUGGAUUUUGACGGCAGCUCACUGCGUUGAUAAUUUGUUCAUCUCCAAGGCAAUACAGAUUCGUUUCGGAUCGAAUUACACUGCAACGGGAGGAAGUUUGAUUGUUGUGAAACAAGUGAUCAAACAUCCAAAUUAUACUAGGCUAGAUUUAGAUUAUGACUUAUCGCUGCUGGAACUGAAGGAAGCCAUUCCGUUGGAUGAUCAAUUGUAUGCAGCCGAGCUACCGAGCCAGGACGAACAGAUCGAUGACGGACUGUGUGUCCAAGUGUCCGGCUGGGGCAGUACCUACACUCGGGUUGAUCAGCUUCGUGCGACCUAUGUUCCGAUUGUAAGCCCCGAAGAAUGUCGUGCGGCAUAUGACUACUUUUGGAUCGUGGUCACAGAGCGGAUGGUAUGUGCUGGAUUUCCCGAAGGGGGGCGAGAUGCGUGCUACGGUGAUUCUGGCGGUCCUCUGGUCGAUGGACGAAAGCUGCUUGGUAUAGUGUCCUGGGGAAUGGAAUGUGCCCAGCCUAGUUUUCCCGGAGUCUACGCACGAGUGGCAUCCGCUCGUGAGUGGAUAGCGGAGAUUGCCGGUGUUUAGGAUGGAUGAUACAGAAAAUUGUUAUAAUUUAGUUAAGCUUAGUGGAGCGAAAUAAAUUCUACUGAACCAGCUGCAUGCAGCCAUCAGUAGGUCUGCGAUUUUAAA